GGAUGAGCUCUCCUGCCGGGCCCUUCCCCCGGGGGCCAGUAGGUGGUGGUGGAGCCCCGCGACGGCAGGAGCCGCGGGCCGGCAGCUUGCCCUGCGGUGGCUGGCGGAAGCAGGAGGAGAGGACACCAAACAUAAAACGUGUAACUUCAGCCUACCAAGAUCACCAGUAGAGCAGAAGGAGAGAGACAAUGUCUUCCGAAACAACCCAACAGGAAAGUCAGCCAUCUCCGCCAAAGCAAACUGAAUGGAUUAAAUUCAGUAAGUUAAACCAGGUUUAUCCUUCCAGCCAAUGUUCUUUUGUCCCAUCUCACAACAUCAGAAUGCUGAAGAAGUUGCAAGGAUCCGCAAAGAGUGCAAAAGGGAGAGUUUCUGGUACAGAGCUCUUCCUCUGUCCCUUGGGAGCAUGCUUGUCACUCAGGGGCUAGUCUCAAAAGGUGUUUUCUCAGCAAGCCCAAGAUUUGGUGCAUUACCUAAGAUGGCAAUUGCUGGUGUCUUAGGUUUUGCCAUUGGAACUAUGUCAUACAUCAGAGAAUGCCAGAAAAAGUUUGAGAAAAUGGGUAUUGCACCAUUUGCUCCACAAAAAAAAAGGCAUUGUCAUCAUACUUGCAAAGAAUGUGAAACAAAAUUGGGAUCAAAUGAGAAACAGGGUUCAAAUCCUUCAGCAUCUUAGUCCCAGGUGUGGUGAAGAUGAUAAAAAUCCUAUGGAUCAGCUUCUUCUUUCAAGAUUUUAUGCUGCAGAGAUGAAAUAAUGACUUUGGUGUAAAUCAGCUUAUUGGGAGUUGUUGCAUAAUGUUAGAUAGUUCUGUUCAUAGUAAAUACCAAUUUCUUGUAAUGCAUUUUUUUGUAUUUUCCCUUUCUUUCUCUCCUCAGCAUUUUUGGCCCUUCAGUGCAAUUUAGCUCUUAGUGCUGAAAAGUUCAAAUUUGUCUGUUGUCCUUAGUUGCUGGCAAUACCUUGCAUCACAAGCAAAACAGCAAUACUGGAAUGCUUCUCUUCUGUGUCAAAAGAAAAGAGUGCAAGGAUGUUUAAAUGGGUUUGCAGAGUUAAGCACCUGUUCAGUCUCAGAGCUGAUUCCUUGUUUAUGGACUUUUAAGAGUACUAAGCUAGAGGUUGAUUGGAGUAUGAUCACACCACAGUUACUGUGCGGAAACAGCUUUUUUAAUUGGCUGGUUUUACAUAAAAGCCCCUUUGCCAGGCAGAUCAGAAGCAUGUACCACAUUCACAAUGAACAAAAAGAUACAGUAUUUUGGAACAGUUUGUGGCCAGUACACAAUCCAAGGCCAGCAGAUGUUGAGAAACACCUAGAUGGCACAUGCUCUCUAUGAACAGUACAACAGAAACUUCCAAGAAGUACCUCAGGAAAUCAAAAGCAGACACUUCCCCUAAACACAGUGAUGUUCACAUGGACAGCCACUAAUUUACAGCUACUGAAAAGGUGGGGCUCCACCAUCAGCUGAUGAAGCCUGUCUUCUGUGGGGCUUAAUUUGUUUGCUUUUGUGCCAUGCCCAUAAGUUAGUACCCUCUUUUGAAUCAGCUUCUUUGGGCAUCUUUACCUGGGCACAAAUAGAUUCUGCAAGCAGGAUAUAUGGAAUGUAAACAUAUAAAAUAACUAAUAAUUGGUUAUACAAAAGGCUUCCUGGAUUUAACAAGCCAUUAGCAUAAAUACCACCCUGAUAAGGUACUUGGAGGGUCUAUCCUAGCCAGACAGCCACCAGAAAGGAGGAGUAGUUUUAGACUAACUAGCCUCCCUCUUUUGUUGUUUUUGUUUUGUUUUGUUUGUUUUUGUUUUUUUUUCCCUCUAAGAUUUUGUGCCUUUCCAAAUUGGAAAUUGCUCUUGAAUUCUUGAUCUACUAAGAACCCUUGUAUCAACAGGGGCUUUAAUUAACCCUUUUAACCUUUCUACAGACCUUUUCCACAGCUCUUCCUCAGCAGUCUGAGUCAAGGGUACACAGCUGUGCUUUAUCAGAGCUGAUGCUUGGUGUACAGGCAGGUGAGCCUUGGGGAGCCUUCAUCAGGGGCUGUGAGGAGGGAGGGUUACACAACCAGAGAGAAGUUAACCUCCUCUGUGAAAAUCAUGUAAUUAUUACAGGUGUACUGUGAUAGCCAGCAAAACUGGUAUGGUGACAUGUCUUAGCUGCUUACCCUUCACCUAGCAUCUGCUGUCAAGAUAACAGCAACAAAAUGCACCAAGGUUAGUCGUGCCUGGGUUAUCUGAGGCAAGCCAUGACAUCCAUGUGAUGCAAAGGAGAUUGAUGUGUGUGAGAGAGAACCUUUCAUGUCAGACUCUCAGAGGUUGUUCUUGUGGUCAUUGUUACCUCCUGGGUUUACAAUUUAGCUACUUUGCUUUAAGUGUAGUUUUGUUCAGGUUACCUAUUACUUUGCUUUAAUAAAUGUACUGUAUGGAUCGAA